AUGCAUCUUUAUACUCUGUCCCUCUCUGUCCUCCUCCUCCUGGUUGCCGGGACAGCUGUGGUGUGCGUUACCGUGACAACCUCACUUCAGGGUUUCCGAGGCUGUGCGGUGCGAGAGUUCUCCUUUGUGGCCCAGAAGCCCGGCUGCAAGGGACUGCGAAUCACCACCGAGGCCUGCUGGGGGCGCUGUUACACCUGGGAGAAACCUGUACCGGACCCCCCUUAUAUUCACCGCCACCACCGUGUGUGUACGUACAGUCGUACCCGCCACAUGACCGCCCGCCUGCCAGGCUGCCAGCCCAAUGUCUCUCCUCUCUACCACUAUCCCAUGGCUCUGCAGUGCCACUGUGCCGUCUGCUCCACACAGGACACAGAGUGUGAGACCUUCUGA